ACCCGGCGCAGAAACCCGAAGAAGAAAUAGGCGGAAACGCGCGGAAACUAGUGUUUUGCGCGUGUAAUAUUUCAUCAAAGUUGUGAACUAUUUACAAAUACAUUUACAUAAAACAAAGUUGUACAUUUUAAGAUAAAUUAUUUGUAACGACUCGUGUUCUGGAGAGCGUUUGCCUCCCUUUGACGAAUGUUGGUACCGUAAACUGUGAUAUCGUCUGUAAUAUCAACAAGCUUACCGAGCUUAUUUUUCCAGGUUUGCCAAGUAACAAUAACAACCUCGGCAGAUCCAUGGCCUCGCAGAUGGACGACAGCCAUAGAAGGUUCCUGCAGUCCCUGAUGCGCAGUGGUAUUAUUGACCAGCAAACAGCAAAGAAACUCCAUCGCCAUUGCUGUAAAGUACACGAUACACGUUAUGCCAGCGACCAACUCGAUGACUACAUAGACACCAUCAACUCUCACCUGCAGCCGAUGUUCAUGCAGAUACGAAAGGGCACGUGCGAGGACAGCGGCGUGCAGCACUACGCCUUGGUUAACAUGACUGAGACAGAAAUCACCAGAAUGACAUCCGAUUACGCCGACCAUGAGUUGGAGCUCUUCAGGAAAAUUAUGGAUCUGAUUGUGGACGCAGACUUUGGCACGGCCUCCUCCACGGAAAUCCUGAAUUGCGCCCUCACACUGAGCAAAAAGCAGAAGAAGAAAGACACAGAACAGCUGCUGAAUCGACUCGUGCAUGACAGUUGGCUCACGGAGAGACAGGGUGUAUACUGCCUGUCCACCAGAUGUAUUAUUGAGAUGGACUCGCACAUUCGCACCAUGUAUCAGGAUCAGGUCAAACAGUGUCACAUCUGUCGCAACAUCGCCUUCCAGGGUCAAAUCUGUGAGAAUCCAAUGUGUGGAAUAAAAAUACACAACCCAUGUGUGGCCAGAUUCUUCAGAGGAACAACAGAGCCUCGGUGCCCUGCUUGUGAGGAUUUUUGGCCGCAUGAGAUUCCCCAAAUUGAGGAACGUUCAGCCAAUGAAGACCUGUGAAUCACUUUUGUUAAAAAAAAGUUUAUAUUUUUAAACAUACAAUACACAAUUUGGUUUUGUCUUGUACCCAAAUAUAAAGUGUUUGUAA